AUGUCGGCUCCUGGUGAAUCUGCACUGUCGUCCGUUUUGGCGCGUCAUCCCGGCAAGCUUGUGCUUUACGUCGCGGAUCCGAGCUACCCAGGUCACGGACAACUGCAGACGGUCAUAGAUUCGUUGCGCGAGGAUUUCGCUAGCAUCGCCUUCGAUUCGAUCGAAUACAGCGCCGUGGUAAACGACAUGGCCGUUGACGGAGCACCUUGCUUCGUUUUCUUCGAGGGAGGCAAGGAGAUAAACAGACUGCAAGGGUGUUCAACUUCGAUGCUGGUCACUGCUGUUAGGGGUUGGAACAAGGCGCCUGAGGAGACCGUGUUGGACCGCAUCAAACGUCUUAUUGCCACACACCCGGUUCUGUUGUUCAUGAAAGGGGACAAAAAGGAACCGUUCUGCCGCUUCAGCCGUGCCGUGGUGGGCAUGCUCAACGAGUCCAAGAUUGAAUUCGAGAGCUACAACAUUUUCGAGGACCCCGAGCUACGCGAGGAACUCAAGGUGUACUCCAACUGGCCAACCUACCCCCAACUAUACGUCAAUGGUACACUGAUCGGCGGUCACGACAUCAUUAAAGAGCUGUUUGAGAGCAAUGCAUUGAGGGAUGAGAUCCCCAAAGAACACUUACAGUGA